AUGUGGGGUAUUGUCAGCCAGGACAGCGGCACCUCUGACAAUGCUGCGCUCCCCCCGGCACUGCCCUAUAGCGACAGCCAAGACUAUAUUGAGGAGUGUAAAUCCAUUACGUGUGGCCCCAACACAACGUGUCACAACACAGAGGGAGCUUUCUACUGCAUGUGUGACCCAGGGUUUGCCACGAGCACCGGAAACACUACUUUCGUCAACACAACGACUGUCUGUGAAGAUUUGGAUGAGUGUAAAUCCAACAUAUGUGGCACCAAUGCGACUUGUCACAACACCGUGGGAGCUUUCUACUGCACGUGUGACACAACAUUUGUCUCUACCACCGGAGAAGCUUCCUUCACCAAUGGAACAACUCACUGUGAACAUUUUGACUGUCUUCCUGACGUGAACAAGCACGAUGCAAUCAUUGGGGAGCGAUGUGAUUCCAGCCGCCCAGUCGGAUUCCGAAAGAAUCCUCAGCUGCUCGGCAGUGAGUUCUGCCCUGUGAUCGAGAAAAUCUUCCACUUGGCUGAUGAGUUCUGUCAAAACUUUACCAGGCGACUCGCUUUGGAGAACGUCACGUCAUUCGCAAGCGACCUCGUGGGCAGAGACGAGCUGUGGAACAGUAUGGAGACUGACGAGCGCAUGCAAUCUGCUAACGCCUUCCUAACCCUGGUGGAGAAAUCCGCAAUUGCGGCUGCAUUGGAUCUGCCCGAUCAGGGAGUGAGGAGGAACCAGACGGAAAUCAUGGAAGUGGAAGUGCGGAUGUUUCGUGGGGAAGGGACAUCCGAGCGGGAAAGGGUGAGGUUACAGGCCAGGAACAACACGAUGGACAUCUUUCGGGACACAGUGACUGGGGGGAAAACCACAGGUUUUGGUGCUGUUUCUUUCAUCGCCUACAGAGACCUGGAUGCAGUGCUGAACGGCACAGAAUUCAUCAUCGACGGAAAAACAAGGCAUUUCUACUUGGCGUCUGAGGUCAUCUCAGCCUCUCUCAGCCACAGGACAGGUCACACACCCCACCAGACCGUGAAUUUCACUCUCAGACACAAGGAGUCUUGGGAUAGAGGCCUCACUUCAGUGAGUGAUGAUGAUCAAUUGGAAUGGGGAAGGGAUAACCGCUGGAGCUAA